UAUCUUUUCCGUCGCCAUAGCCCGUUUCCUCCAGAGCCCAUCGUACCUGCGCUAGGAGGUCGUUGUAAUCGCUCAAACCCCUCCCCUCUUUGCACUACACAGACACCGCUCUGAUCCUGGAAAUGCUGUCAUGGCGCCUAGAUUCCAGGUGAAGUCUAACAUGAAGAGCCUGGAGCAUGAGUUGCAUUGUCCCGUGUGUAAGGAAAUAGUCAAACAGCCUGUGGUCCUGCCGUGCCUGCACAGCGUCUGUCUCUUGUGUGCCUCCGAGGUCUUGGUAGCAAAUGGAUACCCGCCUCCAGAGCUUCCACCAGAACCCAACUCACCAGCCUCCACACCCAACACUCGUUCACCUCGUCAGGCACGCAGGCCCACACCUAAAAAUGAACAACGGCCCAUCGACCGCGUGCUGCGUUCAGGUCCACACCCCCCUUCACCAUCCAUGCCACGGUCUCCCGGUUAUGGGACGUACCCAGGUAGACGCCGUAAGGAAGGUCCACCCUUGGUGAUGAUGUUCCCCUGUAUCCCCUGCGGCAGAGAUGUUGAGCUGGGAGAGAAAGGCCUUACUGACUGUCUGCGCAACCUCACCUUGGAGCGUAUAGUGGAGAGGUACAGACACACGGUGAGUCUGGGCAGUGUGGCUGUGAUGUGCCAAUUCUGUAAGCCGCCUCAAACUCUGGAAGCCACCAAGGGCUGUGCUGACUGCAGGUCUAAUUUCUGCAACGAGUGUUUCAAACUCUAUCACCCAUGGGGAACGCCACGGGCGCAGCAUGAGCACAUCCAGCCUACACUCAACUUCAGACCAAAGGUGCUGACUUGUCCAGAACACGACCAGGAGAAGCUGCAGUUCUAUUGUCGGUCAUGUCAGCGGCUGCUCUGCCCCCUCUGCAAACUGCGCCGCAUUCACACCGGACAUAAAAUCCUCCCAGUGGCCCAGGCGUACCAAGCGCUUAAGGAGAAGAUUACAAAGGAGAUGAACUACAUUCUGUCCAACCAGGACACAGUUUUGGCUCAGAUUACCCAGCUGGAGAGUUCCAUCACACAGACUGAGGUAAACAGCGUGUCGGCCAGAGAGCAGCUGGCUCAGAGCAUCAGGGAUUUGACGGCCGCUCUCGCCGAGCGUCAUGCUUCGCUCACCCAGGCUCUGGAGGGGGCACGGCAGAAACGAGGCGAGGCACUGGCUGCCCAAGUGGCGGAGAGACGUGGCUUGUUGGAGCACGCUGGGCUCAUGGCGUUCACGUCGGAACUGCUGAAAGAAACAGAUCAGCCCUGUUUUGUGCAGGCUUCUCGCCAGACUCAUAACAGCUUUCUACUUGUCAUCCUCAACUGUGCUACUUCCACGCUGCCAAACUACGUGCCUCCUACAGAACAUUUCUCCCUCUUUCUUGCCUCCAUUCUCUUCUUCUCUCCCCUCCCUCUGCUGUGUCCUCUGUCACACUCUCUCCUCUCAGUGCUUAACUUCUACCUGGACUCUCGCUGGGGUCUCCACGCCGACCGCCUGGUGGUCAGCAAAGAGCAGCGUUGUGCCCGCAGCGUUCCUGGUCUCUCUCUGCUGCAGGCUGCCGACCACGCCCUAACUUCCUGUCACCUGACUUCUGACCUACUUGUAGGGGAUGUAGCCAUUACACAAGGACGGCACUACUGGGCAUGCUCAGUGGAGCCUGGGUCUUACCUUGUGAAGGUGGGAGUGGGCCUGGAGUCCAAACUGCAGGAGUGGUUUCACCUUCCACAAGACAUGGCCAGUCCCCGCUACGACCCAGACAGCGGCCAUGACAGCGGCGCAGAGGAUGCCCUGGAUUCUGCGCCGCCCUUCUGCUUUCUGACUAUGGGGAUGGGUAAAAUCUACCUGCCGCAGCACAACUACCACCAUCAACAGCGGGACCCCAUCACCAACAGCAACGGCCAUUCAUCGCCCGCUGGCCUCACUUACCCGCUGCCGCCCCGGCUCGGUGUGUGCCUUGACUUUGAGAAAGGGCGCGUCACGUUCUACGAUGCCCAUUCCUUGCGGCCUCUUUGGGAAGGCCACGUGGAUUGCACCGGCCCCGUGUGCCCCGCUUUCUGUUUCAUUGGUGGAGGGGCCCUACAGCUUCAAGAGCUGGUAGCCAAUCGCAACGCAGAUCAGACUCCGGUCAGACGGGUGACCAUCCAGCCGCGAGUUUCCAAUUUAAAUAAUGGCUGAUCUGACGUUGGUAAUCUGGAAUGUAUUUGGUUAAUUUGUGAAGUAUUUACAAAGCUACAGCGAAAAGUUAGACAUCUCAGCGACUUUGGUUUGUAUUUAAUUUUCUUCUACAAUAAAAUGUUUCUAUAGCAACAAAUAUGCAAUGUAAUUAUGUUUCUUACAUUUUUGUUACAUGCAAUUUUGCAAGAGUUACUGCUUAAGUAGUGUCUGGACUAUCCAGCACCUGAUAUGUAAUUAUAUCUUUGAUGCUUGCAUUUGUAGCCAGGCUAUACUGCAUACAUUUAUAAAGCUAAUGCAUACAUAGCUUCACACAGUGUCGUCUUUCAUGUAGAAGCUUUUACUCUGUCAUUUCGUGUCCUUAAUGUUUCUCUUUUGUUUCAGAGAUAUGAACAUUAUGUGAAUACAAAAGAGCUUUUAUUGCAUCUAUAACUAAAUCUGUGUUUAACCACAGCUAAUGCUAGUCAUUCAGCCAUUAUGAUCCCAACCAAAGUGAUUGUUUUUCUGGGAUGUAAAUGUGGUAAAUUAGAGGUAGAGAGGAACAAUGAGGCAAUACUGUAAUUAGAGGCUCCAAUUAUACCUCUGCUGCACAGCUAAUCACUAGUUUCCACACUUCUGUUUGUGCAUCGCUGUUUUGGAUUUCAAAUAGUCUGAUGUCUGUGUGUGUGCGUGUGUGCAUUUGGGUGUUUAAUUCCCUGUUUUCACGGGGGCGUGUGGCUUGACUGAUAACGGCACCGACUGGCAGAUAGUGAAAACUUGUUUUCUCGCACACAAUACUUUUGAUUUUUUUCCCCAACCUUGCUUGAUUGUAAGUUAAUGAGCAGUGCUUCUCAUGAAAAGAACAGAAGAUUAACGUGUAAACUUCGUCUGCUGACAGAAUGUUUGCAAAAGAAAAACGGAUUAAGAAAGUAAACACUGAAUAAAUUCAGAUUGUUUAAAUUA